UCUCAAAAAGCUGCGGUCUGCCAUGUUCUAGUCCUUUUGGUUGGGGGAGCGAGUGGACCGAUCGACAGACGGGCGGGUUGUCGUCGUCGUCGUUGUCCCUCUUGUGGUGGUCAUCUUCGGUCUUACUUGCUUGGCGGGCUUGAGCACUUCGGCGGCAAGAAAGUGUUGCAGCCAUGGCGUCGGAGAAGAAGCAGUUGAACGUGAUGAGGGAGAUCAAAGUCCAGAAGCUGGUUCUGAACAUAUCCGUCGGAGAGAGCGGCGAUAGGCUCACCCGUGCGUCCAAGGUGCUGGAGCAACUGAGUGGUCAGACUCCCGUGUUCUCGAAGGCCAGGUAUACUGUGCGAUCCUUCGGUAUUCGAAGGAAUGAGAAGAUCGCCUGCUAUGUGACCGUGAGAGGGGAGAAGGCACUCCAGCUGCUUGAGAGCGGACUGAAGGUGAAGGAAUACGAGUUGCUGCGCAAGAACUUCAGCGAGAGUGGAUGUUUCGGGUUUGGAAUCCAAGAGCACAUCGAUUUGGGGAUUAAGUAUGAUCCCUCCACUGGAAUUUACGGUAUGGACUUCUUUGUUGUCCUCGAGAGACCGGGCUAUCGUGUGGCUAGGAGGAGACGAUGCACCUCAAGAGUUGGGAUUCAGCACAGGGUGACAAAGGAAGAUGCCAUGAAAUGGUUCCAGGUCAAGUAUGAAGGUGUCAUUCUGAACAAGGCGUCGAACGUUGCCACGUAGAUGGUCACGUGGUGGUUAUAUUCGUGCACAUACGCUUCCUCUGGUCAUCUGUUAGUCCUAUUGCGAUCUUGUAUCGUCGUUGCGAUCAAAAAUCAAAAGUGUAAUGACUCUGCCGUACGGAUGGUUGAGACGUGAGUGCGAAAGGGAAAGAGGGGAGGAGGGGGAAACGCUGAGGAAGGUCUCAUGAAAGCAGAGGCGAGGCUUUCAGAAAGCGGUCGCAGGGAGAGGGAGAGAGGGAAAUCAUUGAUUGUAGGGUUUGAGGAAUGAGCCGUAGUCAGUCUUUACAAGUGAGAGAGGUAGAGAGAGAUCGGUCGAUCUAUGAAUGCAUCGAAGUUAAAAAGUUUUUUCCAGUGUGGUUGAGCAAGAGGGGGUUUGGGGGGAAGGAUUGAGAUGCAGUUUUGAAUGGGACGCUUCACUCGCCUUUUCAUCGACUCCAAUGUCUGUUCUGUCGUUCUUUUUUUUUAUAUUUGGAAACCUGCGUUGUCGGCUAAUGUGGUUGUCAAGCGGCAUUAUCUGCCGUGUACGAUUUCUUGCUGGAUUUGAUUCUUGAGUUGGACAAGGAAAUGCUGUCGUCAUGAGUGUAAUAUCUUCUCCCUCGCACUCUGAAGUAAGUGGGAAAUGUGAAAUGAAGGGUAUAUUAUGUG